AGUGAUCACACACUGUAUGUAACCGUUGAAACCAGUGACCUGCAGCUCUUAUGUGAUUCCGAUCGAAUUACACAACACAGAUUUUUGCCACCAGAAUCACAUGGAAAUCAGGAAGAGUUCAGAUUUUAUCAAUAAAAUGGCGUGCUGAUACAGAGAGGGGGAGAGAGAAACAGAAAAAAGUUAUGGUCACGAGAUCAGGACCAAUGUUUACCCUGUUGAGGUCACCUAAUACAAAUAAAAAGCCUCAAUAACACGUUUUUCCCCUCUAAAAUCUCAGGUGGCCAGAGUGGAACGGAAAAGAUGCGUGACAAAGCUUUUGUAUUUGGUGUCAUCUUAUUGAUGCAAGUGUGUGGGACACUAUGGGCUGAAACAGCAACUCCAGAACCAGAAGUGUACUCUUCAGGACUUCUGCAGAGUCUGAUGGACAGGGCCAGGGAAGCCAAUGCUAAAGUCCAGCAGGCCAAGGCUGUAGCUCUAGAGUUUGUUGGUGCCUACUAUGAAGAUCACAUCCAGCCAGUGAAGGACAGCUAUGCUGAGUGGGCCUCUGACAUCAGAAACUCCAUGUGGGAGAGCAUGUGGGGAACUGGACCAACCAACGCAACUAUGGCAUCUUAAAAGAUGCCAUAGUUGGAAAAGCUAACAAUAAACCAAUGUUCUUGACACACA